GACGCAGCAUCAAACAACCCUAUUGUCCCAGCCAGUAGUUGGUCUGAAGCAUGGUCUGAAGAACUCUAGUAUGGACCGGGGCUUCUGUUUUAGAACAGGUUCUUUUGCCUAUAUGACUCGGCAUGCCCCAGAGGAAAGUAUACAUCACUUCCCCUCACUCUCAAUAUCCACGAAACUUCCACUUACCUCACCAUCCAACAUACAAGCAGAAAAUGGCUACUAACACUAAACCCACUCCAAGCACUACCUCAAAUCUGUCUGCUACAGCCACGAUCUUUGAUCCGUUGUCCUCUUUGAAAGCUGAGCUCGCAGCAGCAGAAGCUCAUCUGACUAACCUCAAAGCCUCAUUCAGUCACGCCAUUUAUGCUGCACUCGGAGAAGAAUCUUGCUGUGAUCCCAUCGAAGAGUAUCUCGCAAUCAAAACCCACGACCGCCUCGUUGCUACUCAGCUCUUUCACCUCGAAGAGGAGAGAGAGCAGAUUCGGCAAUGGAAGGAGUGGAAUGAGAUUGAGAAAAUCUUGGAAAUUGGACGCGAGAGUUUUCGGGCUGAGAUGAAGAUGGAGGACGUGCAAUCUAUAACGAUAGGGUUUGAGACCCAGUUCGAAGAAAUUGAGAGGGAGCAAAAACUGUUGAUAGAGUGUGGUGAGCAAGUACAGGUAAGUGAUGAGGAGAUGAAGGAGUAUCACCGAGUGCAAGAGCGUAAGUUUUUGGGUAACAAGAUGAAAGUCAAGCUGGCUGACAGUAUAGCACGAAGAGCAAGGUUGGCUCACGGUCUGACUAGCUAAAGCUGAGAUAGCUUGAAUAUCGGGAAAUGAUCUUAAGUAGUCUGCUGCGCAGAUUUCGAGAGUGAGUCAAUGAUUACUGCGUCCCCAUAGAUGCACAAAUGAAAUUCUAUCAUCAAUAACACAAUUCCCAAAUGACAACGUGAUUCUAGCCUGGUUUGUAUCGCUAGUUUAGGACUAGCGUAGAUUGAAAUCGGGCAAGCUUCAACUCUGAAGGUGAGAUUCUGCUCAAGCACGAAUGACAAAAGGG